AUGGACAUAGGUGAUAAAUAUGGGAAGAAAGGCUAUCUCAAUAAGAAGGUCAAGACUAAUUCGAAGUAUGAACACGUCCAGAGCAAGCUAAAGUCUGGAAGAACUGUGAAGGAUGUAGAAGUCAUUAGCGACCAGUUAGUUGUAAAGAGAAAAUUCGAGAAUUUCAAAAGGAUCAAGAGCUCCACUUUGCAGAAAUUGUUAAAUGAGCAAUCAGCAAUGACUGCUGAGAGUAUUUAUGACCUUGGAGGUGAUAACCCAGAUGAAGAAACGAAAAUUCCAGAUGCAGAGAGUGUGUACUCAAUAGCUACAAAUGCUUCACAGAUGUCGGCUGUGACUUACACAACUGAACAACUUGGUAUCACUUCUGACACAAAGUUCAUCUUACUCGAUCUUAGAGAAGAAGAUGAGCAUGAGAAGUAUCACAUCCAAGAGAGUAUCAAUUUCCCUGCCCCGAACAUUUCAAGGGAUAAGGUUAUUCCUGAACUCUACAGAUUUAGAAACAAAGAGGAUAAAUUAAUUAUUGUCUAUAUGAGUGAUGAACGCAGUGGUAGUUCUGCAGCUAAAAAAUUCUACGAGAAAGGAUAUGAUAAUAUCUACCUCCUCUCCGGCGGAAUUGAUGAGUUCAUCCUCAAUUUCCCUGAGCUAAUAAUCGCUCAGAGAAGAGAAGGAACUCAAAGACAAGAAAAAGAAGAGAAAGAAGAUCUAAAACAUAUAUUUUGCACCAAUCCCCAAAACCCCAAAACCCCAAAACCCCAAAACCCCUCUCUGGAGCCUAAUGAUUGAACUUAG